AUGUCGCUGCAAACCUAUCGGCUUUUUCAAAGAAGUCGAUCGCAAAUUUGGGUUCGAUUCAACUCAUCCGGUUCUUUCAAAUCGAUCCUCGGCGCUCCAAAAGUUUCCAGCCCAUUUGAAGAUCCCACACGUACACGGACGCCUUCUAUAAUUGCAGUCAACGUGUGGAAUACGAUUGCUACUCAAUUCAAAAACUCUUUUCAGCAUGGCGUUUUUGUUCAACCCCGCUCAUUCACUGCAGAGAGCCCCAAGACAAAAGGAGAGACAUUGAGUGACGUCGUAGAGCAGUUCAAAGAAUCGAAAAAGGCCAAGCAGGUUCAAAAUCUCUUUUGCAAAAUGAGAUAAAUGUUGGUUUUCUAGGAAGUCGUCGUGGAAGCCAAGAAAAGUGAACCGGAGCCUGAGCCGCGGAUGUCGGCCAUUGAAGAGCUUACAUCUCUUAAAGAGUCACUAGGAAAGCUCGAGAAGGCGACUAUCGGACGUCCUGCCUCGGGAUCUGGCUCUGGUUCCGGGGGAGGUUCUGGUUCAACCGGAGGCGAUGUGAGUGAUUAUAUUGCCAUUAUUGAAAACUAAAAACCGUAAGGAUACUUUUUAGCGCAUUAUAAGCGAAAGUAUACAAAAAAAGAAAAAGACGAUUUUUUUCCAAUUUUUUUAUAUUGCUAGGGAACUUUCCGACGGCAACGUUUCCGACUAAUCCUUUUUCGACUUUUUUCUCGAUAAAUUCUUCGUUUUGAAUCUUCCCAUAUAAAAUUGGUAGUUGAUUCAUGAUUAGGAUACAAACAUUUUUGGCAAGCGUACUUGGAAUAACCUCGGUUCGGCCGCAAACUGAGAGGGGGACUUGACAAAAAAGUUUGGAAGGAGGGGGAGGGGCAUGACAAAAAAAAAAUUGAAAAAAUUUUUUUUAGCUGUGCUCUACAUUUGCUUCAACGCGGUGCACUAUAAAAAAAAAAGUUUUUUUGAAAUCGAAAAAUCAUUGUGAUUUUCGGAUUCAGUGUGGUUGAUUUAGUUUAGAAACAUGUGAACAUUUAAAUUAGAGUUGUUGAAAACGCGAGAGAGUCAGUUUAAAGCCGAGGCCGGCGCGCGCCAGGCUAGGUUCUCACAUUAUUCGAUCAGUCAUUUCUCAGCUAUCUAUUACAUACUGCGCCAUGAUAAAAUUUUGAAUGCGAAAGUAAUCGCGUUAUUUUUUGAAAUAUUCAGCGAUCGUGGACUCCACUUCCAACGCUCCCAGCUCUUGUACCUGGAAAAAUUGCUCCUCUGGCAUCUUCAAUUUUUUUAUUUUCACGGGCAGGGGGACUUGGCUUUGGCUCCGAGGGGGACUUGGCUGACCCCAGGCUCACUCAUUCCAUGUAUGUUGGCAAGCUAGCGCCUGUCAAUAAAGUUGAAGAGAUUAUCUGAUUUGGCAAGGAAGAUUUUUCAGAAAUUUCAACUGAAAAAACCUUCGAACAGAAAUCAAUGAAAUACAUAAAUAAAAAGUGUAUUACUUUCAUGUUUCAAGACAUCAAAGACUUAAAUUUUUUGGGUGAUCCCAGAAUAAAUUUGAAAAAAGCUCUUCGCCUCAAAAGUCAUGCUCCUUCAAAACUUUUAACCAAAAUAUAUUCUAAAUUCACGGUUUCUCUGUUCGAUAUCAACCUUUAUCUUUUCAGGACCACGGAACGAAUGCUGAAGCUGAGAAAAGACGGCUGAGAAUGGAAAGAAAUACAAGAAUCGGCGGCAUGGUUCUCACUGCCGGCAGUGUCAUCGGCCUCAUUUCAUUUUGCGUUUAUUACGGUUCGGAUUUUUUGAUUUUUUUUUUUCUAGUUUUCAUACUCAAUUCAUCAAUUAUUCGAUAAAAGCACACUUCAAAGACGCCUAAACUUUCAUUUUGGCAGACUAUCUACCCACUCUGACAUGGGGCGAUCAACUAUUUUUCUGACGCACACUAUUUCGUCGUUAUUUAGCUGCGAGAAAACGACGAAAUAUUUUAGGUCAGAGAAAAAGUUGUGGCGAUCUUAUGGCGACUCAAGUCAGAGUAGUGUUUAUUUGAAAACAAUAUACGUUGAGAAUUGUUAAUUAAAUGGAGUAAAACAUCUAUUAUUUUUUACUCGAUGGGAAUUUUCCCUUUUUUUCUUUUGAGGUCGAGCCAAACGCGACGAACACGGUAACGUCAUCACGGACGAGUUUGAAGGAUCCCUUUUGGCGCCGUUUUAUCGAAUUGCUAAAAACUUCAAGUUGUGGAGAGAUGUUGGUAUUUUGGCUGGAAAACUCUUGAGUGGGACUUUUUCAAGUACGUGGUUGAACCGGCGAGAGAACAACUUCUGCCGGAUCCUUUGCCGGCUCCGUAUCUUCAGCCCAAAUAUACAAUUGUCAUCGAGAUGAAGAACGUUCUGGUCUCUCCGGAUUGGACGUAUAAAACUGGCUAUCGGUGAGUUUCAUCAUUCAGAUCGUGAUAUGAACCAUCAACUAACAUUUUUUUAAAUCAGUUUCUUUUUUUUUCAAAUGGAAUGAUCGUCAAAAAACUGAAAUUAUCACAAUGUUCUUUUUUUCCUUAAGAUUUCAUCUGCUUGAAGUUUUGGAAAACUGACAAAAAACAGCCGAUUGUCGAAACUUUUCGAUGAAAAAAUUGAUAGAUUGGAUUUCGCGGACUUCCUUCUUCAUUCCGAGUAUAACUAUCAUUCCAAAUUAUAAAAAAAUGAAAAAAAUUUCAAAUAAAAAAACUUUUUGAAUUCAGUUUUUUUAUGUUCAGGACAUCCCCUUUUUUGUAUGUAUCCCAAAAGCGUUUCAUUCCAAUUAUCAGGUUGCUCAUUCACGAAGUCUUGAUGGAAACUGAUAAAAGAAAGAAAGAAGUUAAUUUGAAGUUUCAAUAAAAUUUGCGUGCAGAUUCGCCAAGCGACCGGCUCUUGACUAUUUCCUCGAUGUAGUUGGCUAUCCCAACUUUGAGGUGAUUUUUUCUUUUUUAUUUUUUCGGAGCGGAGAGUUCGGAUUCUAGGUCGUGAUCUACACAAGCGAGUCGAUGAUGACGGCGGCGCCCGUCGUGGACAGCUUCGACCCGAAACAGAGGAUCAUGUACAAGUUGUUCCGCGACUGCACCAAAUACACCAAUGGACAUCACGUCAAGGUCAUCUUUCAUGGCGCGAAAUUGGUUUUCUGAAAGUUAAGAGGGCUUUGGGGUUUUUUUGCUCCUGUUAAAGUUUCGAUUAGCAAAAAAAUUUUUGAUAACUAAAAAGAUAGCGCUAAAAGACCUUGAUUGUUUGAAAAUCGUUUUUUGAACUCUAAACGAGUGAAAAUAAUGGAAUCGAUUUUCUAGGACUUGGGCAAGCUUAACCGCGACCUGUCCAAAGUGAUCUUCAUCGACUUCGACGCCAAAUCGGCCCAACUGCACCCUCAGAACAUGCUGCGGAUUCCGGAAUGGCGCGGCAACAUGGACGACACCUCGUUGGUCGACCUCGCCGAACUCCUCAAAAGUCUGGCUUUUCUUCCUGAAACUGUCAAAGUGCGACCUUCCAGCCAUCCACAUCAUGGAUCCCGACGACGUUCGGCCCAUUCUCGAGUACUACAAUCAGUACGAUGACCCCGCCAAGGAGUUCAGACGCAGAGCGAUCUAUCUCGCUGAACAGGUACGCCAACUGCAAUCCCAAAGGACUUUCGAGAAAAAUGAGAAGUUUAAAGAGGAAACUAGGGCUGGGUUCACAGGAAAAUUGUUGAAAAAAAUUUUCGAAAAAUUUCUGAUAAAAACAGGGCAGGUUUUCAAAACAAAGCUAGUUCAACUUUAUAAUGCCUUUUUGAAACAAAUUUUUUUAUAGAAAUUUAAAAAAAGUCGGGGUUGAAUGCAUUUCUUUCAGCUUUCAGACGCUCCAUGGCUCCAAAUAUGUGAAAAAAAUUUUUGUACUUUUUUUUUAGUUCAAAAAAAGUAGAAAAUCGGCUUUGUUGAGUGAAACUUUGAAAUUGGUUCUGGAUACAAAUAUAAUUUUUUUUUUCAACUGGAGUUUGAGACUUUUAGAGAUUCUUUGAAAUUUUAGCUUUCAAAAAUGUUUAUGAAUUGAUUUUUUUUUGUUCAAAAGGGAUGACUUUAUGUGAAAUUCGCUAGAGAAAAAAAGAGAGAAAGUAAUCGUGCCUCGUUCGAAAUAAAAUAUUCAUAGGGUUGCCAUACGAAUAAAUUUGCAUUUUGCAGGAAGAAUUGAAGAAAAAAGAAGUUUCGCAGCAGGACAACUCCUUGAUGAGCAGGUACACGGGUAGACUGUUCGGUUUCCGACGACAUGCUUCUGCCUAG